GAUUCAGUUAUUCCUUCGAAGAGGAUCAAAGCAGGAGAGUCUCUCGUUUUCUCUGCAAUAUUUAAGAAUGAUCAAUUUGCUUAAGAAACCUUACAAGAAAAAGUCAAACAAAUUCCAGCCAUUUAAGAAGUUUUUUGGUCGGAGGAAAAAACGGGAGGCAACUCCAGAUCGCGAGGAUGCCAAGUUGAAACCCAGCCAUUCCUUUGGAAAUGUCUGCAAUGGCUUGCUCUCUUCCGACGAAGAGACAAACGAUGGCUUGAGGUCUUCCAGUUAUAGUAUGGGAACACGGGCCUUUUCCCAUGACAGCAUUUUCAUACCUGAUGGGCGAGCAGAGAGUGAAGAGUCUGUUCAAGCAAUGUCACAGGACAACAUUCUAGGAAAAGUCAAAACCCUUCAGCAACAGUUGGCCAAGAAUAUAAAAUUUGGCCAACCCCCACAAAUGACAGUUUCAGUGAAGACAUUUGGGGAAUCAAACACUAGUAUAGAAGCAGAUGUGUUACUGAGCAGCCCCAUGGAGACUGAGACACAGCAAGACUUGGGCCUCCCGGAGAACUAUAAUAAAUCAGGUGGCACACCAGAUUCAUUAAGCCCAGCAAGUUUGCGUGGAACAAGGCAUGAAGGGGAAGAGAAGGUUACUCCAGUCAAGUCGUCUCGGCCGAAAAGACAUCAUUCUCCUUCUGGCACGAUUGAGACAGUCAAUCUUGAUGCAAUCCCUCCAGUGAUUGCCCGUCUGGACAACAGCGCAGCAAAGCACAAACUUUCUGUUAAGCCAAAAAAUCAGAGGGUGUCAAAAAAGCACAGAAGGUUACUGAAGGAGUCACAAAGCACGACUGAGUUUGAACAAGAAAUCACAGAAACUCAAAGGUACAAAGAUAAAGUCGUAAAACAGAAUGGCCAUCAUGUUGCAGACAAACCAAUCCAGGAUACAGAAGGCCAGGAACAGGAAGAAGAAAAAAGGAAGCACGAAGAUUAUUGGCAAAGCCUUGAGCCUGAGCAGAAAGUACAAGCAGCUGAAGCAGAAGUAAAACACCAUCUGGAACACAAGAGACUUCAAGAGAGUCAAAGGGAGGAAGAAGGGAAAAAACAAAAGCUCCAAGAGGAAGAGCAGUUUUUGAAAAUGGAAGAGAGAGAGGGCCCAGAAGAAAAAAGACAGGAAGAACAGGAUUGCAGGCACAAAGAACUGGAAGAGCAGAGGGCCAGUGAGGGGCUCUGGGAAUGGCAAGAACAAAUGCAACAGGAAGAACAAAGGCAUCAGGAAGUGGAGGAGCAAACGCCACAGGAAGAACAAAAGCCAUUAGGAGGACAAAGGCACUGUGAACUGGAGGUGCAAAGGGAACACGUAGACCUAAGUCAUCAGAAAUGGGAAGAACAAAAGCAGGGGGAAGAACAAAGACCUCACAAGCUGGAUGAACAAAGGCAUCAAGUACUGGAGGAGCAGAAACGGCAAGUUAUGGAGGAACUGAAAGGAAAAGAAGAAAACAGUCAUCAAGAAUUAGAGGAGAAAAAACAGUCUGAAAAGCUGUUACAGCAAGACCGGAAAAACAAGAGACAAGGUCAGGAGAAGCAAACACAAAAACGAGGGCACCAGGAACUGAAAAGGCAGAGGCAACGAGAACUAGAAGAACAAACUCAUAAGACUGAUAAGCGGGAUGGUCCAAACCAGCAAGUACUGCAAGUACAAAAGAAAGAAACGGGGCAGAGACAACAAGAAGAGAAAAACAGGAAUGUAGAAGGUGAGAGAUGGCAAGGAAAAGGAAAGGCUGUGAAGCUGGAGGAGCAAAAGAGGGCAGAGGAACCACGGCAGCAUCUGGAGAGGGAGAGAAAAAGGAACGAUGAAGAAACCCAACAAGAAGCAGAGAAGCAGAUGAAGCCAGCAGGGCAUGCGCCAGGAGAACUGUCACAAUUAAAACAACCUCCAGCUGAAAAGAAGAUGCAACGGGAAGACUUUACAGAGAAGAAAGGGGCACAUCUACCAGAAGGACAGAAAGGUCCAAGUUCGGAAAUACACCAGACACUGGAAAACACAAAAGAACAAGACAAAUCCUUCCAGUCGCCACUAGGCAAACCCAUGCAUACAGAAGAGAAACGUCUAGAAGCUGCAGAACUUCCUGUUAAAGAAGAACGAAGUCCGCAAAAGGUAAAGCAGCCAGAGAGAGAGCCAACGGAAGAUGAAACGUUAAGACACAGUCAGAGAAGUACCACUGAUGCUCAGGAACAAGAGAGAAUCCUAGGAGAAGAGCUGCGCUGGCAAGAAGUCGAUGCGAGGCAAAAUAUGCCCAGGGGAUUCACCUUUCAAGUCUCUUCUGGAGAAAAACAGAUCAUCUUUCAAAAAGUGAAUCUGAGCCCAGUCACUCCUAUGAAAGAGGCAGCAGCUCCUUCUGCCUCAAAAGAACCGAAGGCACCUCAGUCCAGUUCAGGGGCCCAUGCGCUUCUGUCCUCUUUGUGUGUUCCACAUACAGCAAUUUUGGUCACCGGAGCACAGCUCUGUGGCACCGCUGUCAAUCUGAAUCAGAUAAAAGACACUGCUUGCAAAUCUCUGCUUGGUUUAACAGAAGAAAGAAAAACCGCGGAUGUAGCCCUGACAGAAAAUGCUCCAAAACUGUCACCCGAUGCCAAGCAUGGCAGCAGUAAAAUGAAGACCACUCAGGAUCCAUUGAACAACGAAGCCACGUUAGCGGAGUGGGCUACUAUUCGGUCCAAAAUCCUAAAAAGUGCAGAAACUGGGAAAGGGAAUGAGAAAGAGCGAGGGAGCCUCAGCAGGCACAGUGAUGACUGGACCCCGAGAGGACGAGCUGCUUCUCACGGGAAUUUACGAAAAACCUUGUCUGCAAACGCAAAGUUUUCUAUAACUCCUGCAUGGCAGAAGUUUUCAGAAGUUACAAAGACUAAUGUCGAUGCAGAGAGUGAAGUUGGCUCUGAGGUAGCGAAUGUAACAAAAGAUGUAAACCAUGAGACAGUUCAUAAAGAGGGACUGCUGGGUAAAUUUAACACAUUUGGAAUACCUAUGGGGAAAACUGAAGUAUACCACGAAGCGGCAGAUCGCACAGAAGGCUGUAAGUUUGCCAAAGAUCUUCCAUCCUUUCUUGUCCCAGGCACCUCUCAUUCUCUAGGGAAAGAAACGCCCCAGUCGGAAAUGGUGGAAUCUCUGCAAAAUGUCGGUGUGAGGAAAGCGGACAGAGGGUCACCGAAUGGGGAAGAGAGCGUUUCUCCAUUUGGAGUCAAACUACGGAGGACAAACUAUUCAGUACGUUUUAACUACGAUCAGCAGGCAGAGCAAAAGAAGAAGAAAAGAUACAGCGCAGGAGAUAGUUUUGAUGGUGUGCCUACCCCGCUGGUGACCCCGGACAAUGAAAAAGAGGCAAAUAAUAUCUUUUUGAAAGAAAGCAAAUCCCCUAGCCAAGAGAGAAAGGACACCGUUUUUCAUUCAACAAAGGAGACUCCAACUAACAUGAAUCAAAAUUAUGCCCCAGCUGCCCAAGUGUGUCUGGCAGCUAGUGUUCAGGGGUCUGCACCUAGUCAAGAGAAGCCCGUCUGUAAGUCCCCACUACCACAAAAGCCGGCCUUAGCUCCAAAGCCCACCAGCCAAACCCCACCCUCAUCCCCUCUCUCAAAAAUGCGCCGAUCUCACUUAACCGAGUCAGUCGGGCUGAGGGUGGCUAAAACUGAACCUGAUGCCUGUUGGAGAAGAGCGGAGGUGAAAGGCAGCUCUCUGCUUUCACAAGCUCAUGAUGAAAACAAGAAUGAAGAGGAGGAGUCCAGGGAGAAGAAGUCAUUUUUCCCAUCCAUUACCAUGCCAUGGAGAGAGAAAACUGAGAAGAAGCCAGAGCCACUGAAAAGAGAAAGGCCUGUUCUACAGAGCAGGCAUUCCAUAGAUGGCUCCAAGCUGAUGGAAAAAGUGGAAUCUGCGCAGCCGCUCUGGAUUACGCUGGCCCUGCAAAAGCAGAAGGGUUUUCGAGAGCAGCAGGCAUCGAGGGAGGAGAGGAGGCAAGCCAGGGAAGCCAAGCAAGCCGAGAAACUGGCUAAAGAAAAUGCCAGUAUAAACAAUCAGUCGGAUAACAAAAGCAGCAGUAUCAGCCGGAUAAGUUCCUUGCCGAAAGCCGCACCCCAGGAAGAAGAGAAGAAAGUUGAAACUGUCAUGUCAAGGCUCGAACGCCGAGAACAGCUGAAAAAAUCAAACACCCUUCCAACAUCUGUGACAGUGGAGAUCUCAGAUUCUGUUCCCUCAUCACCUCUGGCAAAAGAAGUUGCAAAGAGAUUCUCUACCCCUGAUGCUAAUCCUGUGUCAACAGAACCUGCCUGGCUGGCUUUAGCCAAGAGGAAAGCGAAAGCCUGGAGUGACUGUCCACAAAUCAUUAAGUAAAUGAUUCCGGUUCUGCUCUUUACUGUCAUUUAUUAGUUGGUCUCAAGUUUUUAUUAGUCUUUUCUCACGACAGAACAAACAGAACAAAAUUAAGUGCAAAUCCUAGAAGGAUAUGAACACGUCAGUUUUCCAUUUUUGCUGGCUCAUUGCAGAUUUCCUCUACCUUAUAAAAUCUGUUGCUUUGAGCAUCCUGCUAUAAAGGGGAAGAGACGUGCAGGUUUUGUCUAUGUGAAAGGUAUCAGGAAGUUUUAGAUUCUGACCAAUUCUAAAAAUUUCUGCUCCAGUGUUCCUGAAGUUUGACUCCUAGGGGUUUGGAUUUCUACAUGUCUUUGGCUAUAUUACUGAAAACGAAGUAGAGUCCAGUUGCGUCAGUUCUAAAAAUGAAUGUAAGGUGCACGUUUCUAAUUUUGAAUGGAGAAUGUAAUGCCACUUACUGGGAAAUUUUUAAAAGAAACCCUCUACUCAGGUACAGGAUUUGGAAAGAGCCAUUCCUGUCCUAGUAGUAACCAGAGUAUAGGAUGAUUAACUUUUAUUCCUGUAACCAGCCCAAUGAUGAGGACACUGAAAUAAUUUCUUUCAAGCCUCAUAAAAGCAUGAAUAUGUACAGUCCUACCCAAAGAGGUUCGCAUAGGAAUUUCUCCAAGUGCAAGUAGCAGGUUAGCCAUCCUACAAUGAGAUCCUGUUUUGAUGUUUUCGCAGAUUGUGUAAUUUUUAAGGAAGACUUAUAAUUGCAAGGCUUGCCUUGAUCAGCAGCUUCUAACAGGAAGAGUCUAAAUAUAACAAUCAAUAUGAUAAAUAUGGGAAUAGCAAAUGUGUAACUUUCCUACUGUGGUUAUCCACACCAUGCAGAAGCACACAUGAAAACUGCACUGCAAGAUUUUUCCUGGCAGAAGUGGGGUGCCGCAGCAAUGUAGGGCACAUCACUGCACCUCCUCUCUUUCAUUGGUGAGGAGCAUCAUGCAAAGAGGAAAAGAGCAGCAAUUCAGAUUUGAAAGCACAUGUGACAGUGAGCCCACCAGUCUUGCAAAUGAUGCAUAAUUUAAAUGUUAUAUAGCAAUCCAUUUGACAAAAUAACAACUUACAUGCCUAUUUGGCUCCAAUUCAGCAGAUUAACAUGGAGAGAUACAAUAAAGUUUUUGAAAACAGGGAACUGUAGAAUUAAAAAAACCACUGGAAUUAGAUUGUUCAAGUUUCAUUAUGAGCCUGCUAUUCUGUUUGCUUUCAGGAAAAUAAUUCCAUCUUUGGUAUUUAAUUAGUACCUUGGUCUUCAACACAUGUGCCAGACUAACGGUGAUGCUAGCAAAACAUCACUGCAGCACUGUUGUUGACAGCAUGUUUAGAAACAAUACAGCUCAGUACUUACAUAGUGGUAUAACAAGCAAGUCCAAUCAUUUUUUUUUUAAAUGGCAGAUGAAAUCUUGCAUUUUAAGUCUUGGAAGAAAAUGGUUUCAUGAUUUCUUCAAAAUGGUUUCACAUACCUGAAGAAUCAUAACAAGGUCCACAAAGCAGUAAAUUCUUGUUAGUCUCAUUGACUUCAAGGGAUUUAAACAGAAUUCCAUCUUAACUAGAGUGUGGAUUUCAGCUGCAAGAAAGAUGUUCUAACUAUUCCACAUAUGAUGAACAUCAUCAGAGAGACCGAGCUGCUCAUCCAACACAGCGUUCCAUGUAAAGUUCUUCUGGCAGAAUGGCACAUGCCGUUAAUAAAUAGCCAUCAUCACAGAUCCACCGCAAUGGCGUUCAAGAGCCCACUAGGUUCACUGGUUGUGCGCCUAGACCCAGGAGGGUUUCUUCUGUGAUUGUUGGGUUAUCAAGGUAAUUUUUGUUUGUGGUGUCAAUUCAUACCAUAAAUAUCCCCAAAGACUCACCGGUGAAACCGAUUAUGUUUAGCUUCAAGAAGGACUGACGCAGGGCAAAUACUGCUUUUAGGAUUCCCUGAGUGGUGUUGCUGAAGAGCAUGAAAAUAGCCCAUGUUAUUUACUUCUGUGUGUCAAGUGUGGAACUUCCCAGCCAGUGUAACGUUGGGUUAUUCUGCACCCUUUCAUUUAACCCACACCCUCAUUCCAUCCACAUCAGUUUGUAGGGAGCUGCAAGCCAAAAGCACAGUUUGGGCUCCUUCUUGGGUGAAGCUGCAACAUGAAAACAAACCCUUUGUGGAUUUCACCUAUGUGGUCAUCCACAACCCACCAAACACUCCAUUAUCCUAGAGAGACAUAAGUGAUGAACAAUAGGAGGAGCGUCUAUUGGAUCUAGCACAGUAACACAGAGAAAAGGAGAAAUGCAAACAAGCUACCGACCUUCUCUGCUUGUUGUAAAAGCCUCCUGUUGCUGGUAUAAAAAUAUUUUUCAAUGUGCACUUAACUGUAGAUAGGCUUAAACCUCUAACUGGAUGACUUGCAAUUUAAGCUCUAUGUUUCCUAAGAUCUAGUCCCCAGAUUUGUUUUAGGGGUUUUCUUGAAAUUGGAAAAUAACAAGUUGGGGAAGGGGAAUUAUUAAGGUGGGUGGGAUAAUGCAAAAAAGAAAACAUAAUUUUAGAAAAAAAGACACAUGUUUACAAGGAAAAGUAGGUGGUAUUUGCAUGAUGGAAGGAAAAAGGCCUACCAAAAUAAUUCUAGGCACAGUUAGCACACCGUGUAGUUAGUAAAUAGUUCUAAAGCUUCAAAAGCAAAGUUUUCAAGCAUGAGAUAAUCUAGUCUACUGGAAACUGUAUUUAUAGACUCCAGUCUAGGGAACCAGGAGGAGAACAGAAGGCUGAGCCAUCCUAGGCUGUUAUAGCAGAGGGCCCAUUGCAUCCCACCCACCGAUCUAGCUAACAGCAUUAUUAGCUGGAAUGAUAAUUUGGGGGGCAGAUGGGGCACCCAGGCUGGGCCAAGAACCUGCUUUGUAUUCACCCUGCCUAAGAAGUUGUCAGUGUAUCAGAGGCAACUGUACUGGUUAGGUGGGAGGACCCCAGGUACUAGAUGUAGGGCUCUGCGUAGCUCUUUUUUUCUUCUUCUUUCCCUUGUAAUUAUGGCAAGGGAAAAUGAUUUCCAUUCAGAGAUCAGUGUCUGGAUCAGAGCUGGAAUAUGUACAAUAUUUGUUUGGAAACAUUUCUAAAAGCCUUUAUUUUCAACAUGGUUAUUUCAUGUAAAGUCAACCUAAAAUUUUGCACUAAAUACCAAUGAAGUGUUACUUUGCUUUAGCUCUGUUACAGCCUUUCCUAAUGAACAAACUGCUGGAACACUUUACUGAAAUGGUUUAAAAACUGGCCCAACCACUAUGUAGAACAUGGCCUCAAUCUUUUUUUUUUUUUUUGGUAAUUUAUACACAAAGGUUUUGAUAUGGAGGAAAUUAGUCCCACUCAAAUCCUGUUGUGAAAGAGAGAGAGUUUAAGUCUAGUCACAUGACUUUGCUAGCCCACAGAUUUCAACAGGAAUUAGGCAUAACUAACUUUCUCUGGAUUGUGGCCUAAAUAUUAUUUCUGAGGUUAUGUAUGCUUAACCUCUGUUGUUCAUAUAGUGGUGUAUAAAAUUAUAAACAAAUGUAUAAUUGUGGGGUUUUGUUUUGUGUACUUUUUUAAUUUUUCAAAUGUUUUAAAGUGCAAUUGUUUCUUAUACUAAUGUCAUUUUAAUUCCUAUUUAAAUUAUAACCUACUGAAAUCAGAUGUAUGUAUUCAUUGUCUUUUUGUUUAAAAUAUCAGGUUUAUCUUAUAAGGAGGGCCUGAAUUGCUACAGGAACCUAAUUAUGUGUUUUUACCAACAAAGAAACCUGAGUAAAAUUACCUAUGAUUAAGGAAUAUGUUAGUGCAAUUUCUAUUUUCAGUUUUUGAUUGUCAAAUUUCAAUGUAAAUGGUCCAUCACUGAAAAUUUGUUCUAUUUCAAUUAAAAAAAACCUUGCAAGUGUU